CACACUUUCUUCUCCACUCGUAUGUCAGUCGUCAGUCUCCCACCUUACUCAUCACCGCCAACACCACUCAUUUAACCACUGGACAAUCUGGUUUUAAGUCCCUCCUCGCUAUCAACACCACCACGACACAAGAGUGACCCACGGUAAGCUGUGAUGUACUUCCCGACGGACGCCCGUUACUCCGGCGAUGCGUCUACGACCUACACAGACGACCCUUCCGAUACCUGGCCACACCACCAUCCCCUCGACGACUACAGGUUCCCGGGAGAGAGAGCGAGGUUGUCACUACGAGAUGGGCUGUCAAACCUCAGCGUCUUCCCCGACACACCCCAUGACUAUGGUAAUGAGGGCAGGUAUCCAAGCAGCCUCUGGCACACCACCACACAAGAGUCACCUGCAGCCUUCAGUGUGGGCGGGGGCGUAAAUGUGGGCGGCGGUGGGGGGUUCUCCACGGGCGUGUGUUCCCCCCACCAGGAUACCAGCACCCCUAGUGGACCACUCACACCCCUCCACCCCUCCAGAAGCAGUGACCACCCCACCACCCCGGCCACCACCCCCUACCACAACAAUCCCCAACAACAACAAGGACAGGUGCCGCUAUUGGCUCACUCACCUGCGUCCGUAGGGGAGCCACGGGGACUGCUAGGUGCUGGGACUGACAACACCUCCACCACCACACAGCCGCUGGUGGUGGACAGUGUUGGUCACCAUAUGUCUCCCAGCCCUCAACACCACCACCACCAUCACCACCAACAUCACCAACAUCAACACCACCAACAGCAUCAUCAACAGCAGCCGCCAGCCGUGUUGGAGACAGUAGAAGAACCUGUCUCCCAGCCGGAUUCAACUCAGCCUCGUCUUGAUGAGAGCACGGACGAAGAGGAGCGAGGAGGAGGAGGGGAGGAAGAGGGAGGAGAGACGGGAGGGAAGAAGAGGAAGAGACGGAUCCUCUUCACUAAGGCUCAGACGUAUGAACUUGAGCGACGUUUCCGCCAGCAGCGUUACCUAUCAGCACCUGAGAGGGAACACCUGGCCUCGCUAAUUAACCUCACGCCCACGCAGGUGAAGAUAUGGUUCCAGAAUCAUCGCUACAAGACCAAGAAACAACGGACGGACCGUGGCGGAGGUAUGGACAUGACCACGCCCCUCACCUCCCCACGACGUGUACCUGUGCCAGUCCUUGUUCGUGAUGGUAAACCUGUACCCUCCGCCCACCACCACGCCCAUCAGUUCAACACCCCGCCUACACCCUACACCCCGCCUUUCCUCGACGUGGGCGGCUAUUACCAGCAAGCCACCGCCCAUAUGAGAGGCCUUACCACCAGUUCCACGCCCAUCAUACCUACUCACUCCUACGCGGGGAGUGUAGGCAGCAUGAUGUCUCCCUCUGCCUACACCAGUUCAGGGUUCCAGUCAACACAGUUCAACACUCACCCCCUCACGCCCAGUGCUACACCCGCUACGCUACACUACGCCGCCCCUACGCCCAUGGGGGAGACCUCAGACUCCAACCUGACGCCCACACAGUACACAGCGACGGGGUUUCCUUACCAGGCCCAAACCUAGAGGGUGGUGGAUGUGGUAGUGGGAGUAGGAGAGUUAGUAGGGGUAAGGUGUGGUAGAGGACCAAUCAGACUAUGGUUAUAAUGGUAGUAAACAAUAACAACACUUGACCCCAGGGGUAUGGUAGCAACAAUGGUAACACCGUAGACCACCAUGACCACCGUAUUAUGGUAGACGAUCCUGCAAUACCAUUAACAAACCCAUAUAAUGGUAGAGUUAUGGUAGGAGGAGAGAGAGAGAGAGAGACAGGUGAACACUCGUCCAAGGUUCCAGGUUUUGGGUGGUGGUGAAUUUAAUGAAAAACACUGGUGGUGGUGGUGGUGGUGAAGGCGUUCUGGUUGGAUGGCGGGGUGGGGUGGCGGCGGUGGCAGGGAGAAGAUGGAGUGAGGGUGAUCUACCAAGUGUGGCAGGCAGAUGGCGCUCAGAACAACACUACCUUGGUCACACCUUCCAAACUCCGCAAGGUUUCUCAACUGUGCAGAACAAAUAAAUACCCAGACGUUGGAAAAUAUAUACCUACUCUCUUACAGAUAUUUUUCUCAUGGAGUUGAAGUCAAUUCUUGUAUUAUAAAAGUAAAAUUCUACCUUAUUUAUGGGAACUUUGUACAUCAACAAGUAAGGACAAUGUUGCUGGUGUAAUGUAAGUAUUCACACGAUCGCCAUGACAGCCUGUAAGGCAGUUUGUAUACAUUUUUGUGAGACAUUUUGUUAAAGUUUAAGUGCAACAGUGAUCAAAAUAUUAUGUUCAGUGACUUUAUAAAUGUGCCUCGAGAGAUGUGUUAGUGAAUCCUUGUCUUAGUUUUAAUUAGGUGUUUUUAAUCUUUGAUCUUAAGAUAGGUUUUGUUUUGUGAGAAUCAUGACACAGUUUGUAUAUUUUGGUAUAGACUUUAAAAGAAAAAAUAUGUGACUUUUUACACUGUAUAUCAUGGUACAAACUGUAAGAUAGCCGUGUUCACACAGUUUGUAUAUUUUGAUGCAAAGUUUAAGACAUUGACAUACACAGUUUAUAUAUUUUGAUGCAGAGUUUA